GGGAACGGAGGGCACGGAACGGGACGGGACGGGACGGCGGAGGAGGAGAGAGGAAAGAGGAGGCGGCGGCCGGCGGCGCGAUCUGUUCCCGGGAAUGUCGCCAACGCCGGGGCCGCUGCCGCUGGGGAGGCGGCGGAGAGAAGAGGCCCCGAGGAAGAUGAUUCAUAUGGUCAUGAAGCCGUACUUUCUCCAUGGAAAUGUGGGAACUACAAAGAACUACAUUUAAUUCUGGACUAUGGGUUGUGCGUUGUUAGAGACUCCUUCAGAAUGAGAAACUCCACUGGUUAUCUUGGUGAACAUAGAAGGAUGAGAAGAGAUUUAUGAUGGCAAAGAACAAAGAGCCUCGACCCCCAUCCUAUGCUAUCAGUGUAGUAGGACUCUCUGGGACAGAAAAAGACAAAGGCAAUUGUGGAGUGGGCAAGUCAUGUCUGUGCAAUAGAUUUGUGCGUUCAAAGGCCGAUGAAUAUAAUCUUGAGCAUACCUCUGUGCUUAGCACAAUUGACUUUGGAGGCCGAGUAGUCAACAAUGAUCACUUUCUGUACUGGGGUGACGUAACGCAAAGUGGUGAGGAUGGAGUAGAAUGCAAAAUUCAUGUCAUUGAACAGACUGAGUUCAUUGAUGAUCAGACUUUCCUGCCUCAUCGGAGUACGAACUUGCAGCCGUAUGUAAAGCGUGCGGCGCUCUCCAAAUUGCAGUCAGCAGAAAAAUUAAUGUACAUUUGCACUGAUCAGCUAGGCUUGGAGCAAGACUUUGAGCAGAAACAAAUGCCAGAAGGGAAGCUUAAUGUAGAUGGGUUUUUGUUAUGCAUUGAUGUAAGUCAGGGAUGCAAUAGGAAAUUUGACGAUCAGCUUAAAUUUGUGAAUAACCUAUAUAUCCAGCUAUCGAAAUCAAAAAAACCUAUAAUAAUAGCAGCAACUAAAUGUGAUGAAUGUGUGGAUCAUUAUCUUCGAGAGGUUCAGGCAUUCGCUUCAAACAAAAAGAACCUUCUUGUAGUGGAGACGUCGGCGAGAUUCAAUGUCAAUGUUGAAACAUGUUUCACUGCGCUGGUACAAAUGUUGGAUAAAACCCGGGGAAAGCCUAAAAUUAUUCCCUAUCUGGAUGCUUAUAAAACACAGCGACAACUUGUUGUCACAGCAACGGAUAAAUUUGAAAAACUUGUGCAAACUGUGAGAGAUUAUCAUGCGACUUGGAAAACUGUUAGUAAUAAAUUAAAAAACCAUCCUGAUUAUGAGGAGUACAUAAACUUGGAGGGAACAAAAAAGGCCAAAAGUACAUUUUCAAAACACAUCGAGCAACUCAGACAGGAGCAUAUAAGAAAAAGAAGAGAAGAAUAUAUCAAUACCCUCCCAAGGGCGUUUAGCACCCUUCUGCCAAACCUGGAAGAGAUUGAACAUUUGAACUGGUCAGAAGCCCUGAAACUAAUGGAGAAAAGAGCAGAAUUUCAGUUUUUCUUUGUGGUGCUUGAAAAAACGCCUUGGGACGAAACAGACCACAUUGACAAAGUCAACGAUCGAAGGAUCCCAUACGAUCUACUUAGCACUUUAGAAGCCGAAAAGGUCUAUCAAAAUCACGUCCAACAUCUUAUAUCCGAGAAGAGGAGGGUAGAAAUGAAGGAAAAAUUCAAAAAGACACUGGAGAAAAUACAGUUUAUUUCACCCGGGCAACCUUGGGAAGAAGUUAUGUGUUUUGUAAUGGAGGAUGAAGCUUUCAAAUACAUCACUGAAGCAGAUAGCAAAGAGGUGUACAGUAGGCAUCAGCGAGAGAUAGUUGACAAAGCCAAAGAAGAGUUUCAGGAAAUGCUUUUUGAGCAUUCCGAGCUGUUUUAUGAUCUAGAUCUUAAUGCAACACCCAGUUCAGAUAAGAUGAGUGAGAUUCACAGGGUCCUGAGCGAAGAGCCUCGAUACAAAGCUUUACAGAAACUUGCUCCGGAUCGGGAGUCUCUUCUGCUGAAACACAUUGGGUUUGUUUACCAUCCCACGAAAGAAACGUGUCUGAGUGGCCAGGGUUGCACAGACAUAAAAGUUGAGCAGCUGCUUGCCAAUAGUCUUUUGCAGCUAGACCAUAGUCGCCUACGGUUGUACCACGAUAGUGCUAACUUAGAUAAGAUGAAUCUUUUUAUUUUAGGGAAGGAUGGCCUUGCCCAAGAGCUAGCAAACGAGAUAAGGACGCAGUCCACUGAUGAUGAGUACGCCCUGGAUGGAAAAAUUUACGAACUGGAUCUUCAGCCAGUUGAUUCCAAGUCCCCUUACCUUUUAAGUCAGCUGUGGACUGCUGCCUUCAAACCACACGGAUGCUUCUGUGUUUUUAAUUCCAUCGAGUCGCUGAACAGUAUCGGGGAAUGUAUCGGAAAAAUACGAAGUGAAGCUUCUCAGAACCGAAGAGAUAAAUAUAUGGCCACUCUUCCAUUUACACUAAUUUUGGCUAAUCAGAGGGACAGCGUUAGCAAGAAUUUACCUAUUCUCAGGCACCAAGGGCAGCAGUUGGCAAACAAAUUACAGUGUCCGUUUGUAGAUGUCCCCUCUGGCACUUACCCUCGAAAAUUUAAUGAGACUCAAAUAAAGCAAGCGCUGAGGGGAGUAUUGGAAUCAGUGAAACACAAUCUGGAUGUGGUAAGCCCCGUUCCCAUCAAUAAAGACGUUUCAGAAGCCGACUUGAGAAUCGUUGUGUGUGGCAUGUGUGGCGAUCCAUUUAGUGUGGAUCUUAUUCUUUCACCUUUCCUUGAGUCUCACUCGUGCAGUGCUGCUCAGGCUGGGCAGAAUAAUUCUUUAAUGCUGGAUAAAAUCAUAGGUGAGAAAAGGAGAAGAAUACAGAUAACCAUAUUGUCUUACCAUUCUUCCAUCGGAGUAAGGAAAGAUGAACUGGUUCAUGGCUACAUUUUGGUCUAUUCUGCCAAACGGAAAGCCUCCAUGGGAAUGCUUCGAGCAUUUCUUUCGGAAGUUCAAGACACUAUUCCCGUCCAGCUGGUAGCUGUUACUGAUAGCCAAGCGGACUUUUUUGAGAAUGAGGCCAUUAAGGAGUUAAUGACAGAAGGAGAGCACAUAGCAACAGAAAUUACCGCUAAAUUCACCGCCCUAUAUUCUUUGUCUCAGUAUCACCGGCAAACUGAGGUUUUCACAUUGUUUUUCAGUGAUGUUUUAGAAAAAAAAAAUAUGAUAGAAAAUUCCUAUUUGUCUGAGAACACCAGGGAAUCAACCCAUCCAAGUGAAGAUGUGUUCCUUCCAUCUUCUAGAGGCUUCCCUUAUAAUAACUAUCCAGAUUCAGAAGACGACACUGAAGCACCACCACCCUACAGUCCAAUUGGGGAUGAUGUGCAGCUGCUCCCCACCCCGAGUUCCAAAUAUCGACUAGAUUUGGAAGGGAAUGAGUACCCUGUUCAUAGCACUCCAAACUCUCAUGACCAUGAGCGCAACCAUAAAGUGCCUCCACCUAUAAAACCCAAACCAGCUAUACCGAAGACAAAUGUAAAGAAACUGGAUCCUAAUCUUUUAAAGACAAUUGAGGCAGGGAUUGGGAAGAACCCCAGAAAACAGUCCUCUCGAGUGCCUUUGGCACAUCCAGAAGAUAUGGAGCCCUCAGAUAAUUAUGCAGAACCUAAUGAUACUCUUUUUAAACCAAAAGGCUUUUCGGAGGAUAUCUACGCUGUCCCCGAUGACAGUCAGAAUCGGACUAUGAAAGUUCGAAAUUCAUUUGGAAAUAAUGCCCAGGGUGACGAAGAAAACGGAUUUUUGGAUAGGACAUCCAAGAGCCUCGGGGAGAGGCGGCCUUCAAAAUACAAAUACAAAUCUAAAACACUGUUUAGCAAGGCCAAGUCGUACUAUAGGAGAACACAUUCGGACGCAAGUGACGAUGAAGCUUUCCCUACUUCUAAAACAAAACGAAAAGGAAGGCAUCGUGGAAGUGAAGAAGAUCCACUGCUUUCCCCUGUGGAAACUUGGAAAGGUGGCAUUGACAACCCUGCUAUUACUUCAGAUCAGGAGUUGGAUGAUAAAAAAAUGAAGAAGAAAACACACAAAGUAAAGGAAGACAAGAAGCAGAAAAAGAAAACCAAGACUUUCAAUCCACCAACUCGUAGAAAUUGGGAAAGUAAUUACUUUGGGAUGCCUCUUCAGGAGCUGGUUUCAACUGAGAAGCCUAUACCACUAUUCGUUGAAAAAUGUGUGGAAUUUAUUGAAAAUACAGGACUGUGUACUGAAGGUCUCUACAGGGUUAGCGGGAAUAAAACGGAUCAAGACAACAUUCAAAAGCAGUUUGAUCAAGAUCAUAGUAUCAACCUUGUAUCGAUGGAAGUGACGGUCAAUGCUGUAGCUGGAGCUCUGAAAGCUUUCUUUGCCGAUCUUCCGGAUCCUUUAAUUCCAUACUCGCUUCAUCCAGAGCUAUUAGAAACAUCAAAACUCCUGGAUAAAACAGAACGGCUUAAUGCAUUAAAAGAGAUUGUGAAGAAAUUUCAUCCUGUAAAUUAUGAGGUUUUCAAAUACGUAAUAACUCAUCUAAACAGGGUCAGUCGUCAAAACAAGACCAACCUCAUGACUGCCGACAACUUGUCCAUCUGUUUUUGGCCAACUCUGAUGAGACCCGAUUUUGAAAAUCGAGAGUUUCUGUCCACCACCAAGAUCCAUCAGUCUGUGGUCGAGACCUUCAUUCAGCAGUGUCAGUUUUUCUUUCACAAUGGAGAAAUUGUAGAAACUGCUAACCCGGUGGCUCCUCAGCCGCCAUCCUUGAACCCAGGACAGAUGGCGGAACCAAUGGUCCCACUUCAGUUACCACCACCCCUGCAACCUCAGCUGAUCCAACCACAACUACAGGCAGAUCCUCUUGGUAUUAUAUAAUCGGAGGUGUUUGCAGGCAGCCUGGAUUUGCACAGAAAAGUAAAAUUAGACAUGCAUGUUUCAGGGUACAGUUGUGUACGUCCAUGUUUAUGGCAAUUCACAGUCAAACUGGGACACUUUCCUCCGAAAACCAUAUUGUAUUCCUCGUUCAUUCACACUGCAGAUUAAGGCCAAGUGAUAAAGCAUGACUGGAGAAGUUUAAUUUAAAAAACAAAAAUAGCUAUAAAGUACAAACUGCUGCUGCAUGAUACCUUAUUGCAAUCACUAUAUCAUUCCUGUGGCAAUUUGUCACAAUAUAUUGUGAAUAAAAUUUUUCUAUAGAAAUUAAACAAACUCACAUUUAUUAAACAUUCAGUGCUUUUCAGCCUGCUUUAUGGCUGUUUUUGUUAUUUAAUGUGAUAUUUUUGGCAACUUCUCAUUCAGGCAUUCUGUGUAGACACCUUCAAAGCCCAGCUAUAGUUUCUUUUAACUCCAAGUUUCAUCUUCCAUACUUUGGAGGGUGAGGGUUUAGAAUUAAAAAAAAAAAAUGCACUGUUGAAGAAUAUUACAAUCUUGCACCUUCCAUCUUCUGAGUAAACCUGUGGACAAAUGGAUGAGGGGUGGGUAAUCUUUUACUUAUUUCUUUUAGCACAACACCAAGGACGUGCUUAUGGUGACCGAAUCCGAAACAUUGUGCAAAAAUGUUGACGUCGCCUACUUAUUUCCUUAUGUUCCAUUAAUGAACUAAACAUUUUGUAUGCUGUUAAUUCUGUAAACAGUUGCAUGUUCAAAAGAUCACUGAUCUUUAUAAACUUAAUCUAAUAUAUUUUAGAUAUUUUAAUUUUUCCUCUGGGGAACACCUUUAGUAGCUCAUGACAUUUUCAUAUAAGGCUAUAUGUUUUUCAUACAUAAACAUGCAAUUUGUCACAUUCUCUAAACCAAACUGUUAAUCUAGGACUUCAAUUGAAUCAGUUCCUUAAAUCUAUUUUUAUGUGGCCCUUAAAGAUAUACAAAAAUCCAUUGCUAAUGUAGCAAUAAAUACUUUGGGUACUGAUAACCUCUUUGGAGUGUGUGUAUAUAUAUAUAAAAAAAUGGAAAACUUGUAUUCAUAUUCUUUUCUGUGGUAUGUUGUACUAAAUUCAAAAUGACUUUUUGCACCAUUUUUUAUGGACUUUUUUUUUUCUCUUUGGUACCAGUUUUGCUGUAAAAGAAUGCUGCUUUUUGAGUUUAAACAUUUUGUUAGCGAUAAUACAACUAGAAAGGCCAUAAAUUAUGGAUCCAAAUUUCAGAAUGGACAGUUGUAGAGUUAGAACUAUUUUGCUAGGUUUUUUCUCACCAUGCCUUUCACAAAGGAAAAAAUAACCUGGUUUGUUUUCAGCUGCUAGAGUACGUUGUGUUUAGUAAAAGAAAAGCUUUUUGGUCACUGUUGUAAUCUUCAUUCAUAAUGAGAUUUUAAAAAUCUUCUAUGUAUUAUAGUAAAUAGAUGAUUUAAAAGCUCUUACCAGUUUGAUUUGCUCCGUUUCCUGAAAAUAAAAAUUGCCUUUCCCAACUGUAAUGUCCUAGGUAUUGUACUUCUGACGUGGAUUAUCAUUCUGGAUCAAGGUGUUAACAUAAACCAGGCUGCUGUUGAAGUACAUGUAUAUUAUAAAUUAUCUUGAUAUUUGUGUUAUAUUCUUGCAAGUUAUUAUCUUUUCUAAGAAAACAAAAUCCCUAUUAUUCCUAUUGCAAAGCACACAGGAAUCGAGAAAGUACAAUAAUAAAAAUCGGUCCGGUAUAUGUAGUAUUCUUAACAUGUUCUAUAUUACUUACACCUGUUGUCUAUAGCUUUAAUUUAUAGCUGUCAGUUUAACAUUGGCAUGUCUAGCAAAGAAGAUUAAACUUUAAGAGUUUUAUAAACUGUUUCUAGGUUGCUAAAGAAUUUAUUUUUCUACUAUAUAUGGUAUAGACAAAGCAUCAAACUAUGUACAGGAAAAAGCCUGACUAUCUCUGUUGGAAGUGUAGGCUACAAGGAAAAUUUUCAAAACUGUCCAUAUCUUCAAAUUCAAUCUGGUAUAACUUUCCUACUGUGAUGUGAAUUUCAUUUUAUUUAAGCUCUUUCGGUUUUAUGUUACGUUAGUAUAGCUUAGAGGGCUGUGCUGUUAAAUUAGCUUUCAGCCAUAUACAGUACCAUUGUUAUUAUGUUAAAGCCAGCAUUUUCCAUUUUUUUCCCCCCAAAUUAGCCGUACAAUGCAGCUCCAAAAUUUCAACAUUCUACUUUUCCUGUGAAUCGUGGACACCGUAGGGCAUUGUUUAAAUGCUACAACUGGCCCACUUAGCAAGUCUCACUGGCAUUUGUGGAAAAUUAAUCAUUAAAAGCUUGGUAUAUAACAAUGGAUUAUUUGCAUUGUUUUUGUGAGGGAUUUAGAUUUUUUAAGUGCUGAGAAUUUUCUGUGUUGACUUACCUGGUAUAAAAAGAAAAGGAGAGUUUUUCCUGCAGGGAGGGCCUCCU